AUGGAGGAACGAAUGGAUAGGGGCAAGUUCGAGUAUCGUGGGAAUACUAAAAGUAAAGUAAUUGCUGAUGUUCAUUUUGAGGACGAUUCUUCUUACAAAGUAACAGGAGAAGGAUUUGCUCAACCACUUGACGGAUGUCAGAAUCUGGAACUGAACUGUAACAGUCCUCUUCCGAUCAACUUCAAUAUUGUGGGAACCAUUAUUCAGACUAACUUCCGGAUGUUUACACAAUACACAGGAACUAUGGUGUACGACUUUUUCAAAACCGGAUUUCCUGGCUCAAUGAACGUAGAGCUGGAGGGGAAGUUUACUGAUGGCAUGACAGUCCGGGCUACCUGUACUCUCACCCAUGUUAAGGAAACUCUUAUCUGCAGGUGUCAGGUGCAUUUUGAAGGUGUGGGGGAGGAAAGCCUGGCUAAAUCAGAGGAUCUUAGUCAGACCAUGCCCUGCUUUGAGGUCGUGGACAAGGGAGACAAGGCUGAUGAGGCACUGACCAAUAUUGAUCUCGUUUGGAGAACAGGAAGCGGAAGCUACAGCUGCAGGCUGAACAGUCUCAUCAAGUGCGCUGGAAACUUCGCUCCUCCUUUCCAUUUCAUAGGACACGAGUAUAAGCUGACAGAAAAGUCUGAGAACAAUCUACACUUUGCCCAACGUCAGAAGUCUCGAGGAACAGUCAUUAACUACUACAAGAACAGUAAUUAAUGUAGACGGAUCUGAGAUAGCGAUACAAUACUAAUAGGAUAUAAUUGCUUUUACUUAGACAGUGAUGGAUCUUUAAAUUUCUUAAUAGUAUCAAUCGGUGACUUUUCUCUUCCCCUCUUUGUCUUGAAGUUGAAUGCAUGAUGAACAAUUACAAUUUGCAGUUACUUUGUGACGUCAUAAUUGUAGUAAACCGUCGUUAUAGCUUUAUUUCACGAGGUAUAUUCGGUCACUGCGGCAGCUGAACGCUUAGAGAUUCGUAGUGAAUGGUUAAGUUUAUUUCAUAAAUGUUUAAUCUCUAGAUGUAGGAUAUUUGUCAUUAAGUUUAAUAAUCCGGAAGAGAAUCGUGGUGUUGUUAUUUUUGGACUGUAAGAAUGUUGUUAUGCGGCUAGUUAAAGGAAGUAUUAUUAAUUGGACGAUGAUUGGACACUAACUUUUGAUGCAACUUUCUGCAAAUCUUGAUUUUGCUGAUAUAUUUUGCUUCUGUUAUAGUUUAA